AUGGCUGUAACGAAUGAAGUUAACAACACCACUUCUGUGUCUUCAGAAGCCCCUUCCGAUGUAUUAAGCAGCUCAGAAAAGCUUGCCACCGAGGAAAAUGGCAUAGCUAAGUUGAAUGGUGCUGAAUAUGAAGAGGAAGAUGGUGGGGAAGCAGGCGGUGAAGUCUUUCAGUUGACUGUGGUGCUUCCCCGUGAGCCCCAUAAAAUUCAGAUCAUCGUUUCCUCACAAGAAGCUAUACACGAUGUUCGACAGUCCAUAAUCGAGCUCCCUGGAACUUUCCAGUACUCAUGUUUCCAUCUUGAACAUAAAGGAGAGAGGAUAAACGACUUCGUUCAGAUAUCCGAAGUCUCCGGCUUAACAGCGGAGUCAGAAAUACACUUGGUCGAAGAUCCAUAUACAGAGAAGGAGGCGAGAAUACAUCUUGUUAGAGUACGAGAACUUAUUGGUGCUGCCGGAAACCGUACCGAUACCUUGAAUGGCAUUAUCUCUGGAGCUUCACUGCUUGAAUCAGUUACAUCGGCGGACUCGAGUCAAAAUGGUACAAGCACGGCCCCGUCUCAUCCAAUGGUUGAAUUUGAUUUCCAGGCUUCUGGCAAUCUCUCGACUCUUCUUCCAAAAGCACAAGAGCCAGGCCCAAAAACUGUCAAGUUAAUUUCCGUCUCUCCUUGGAACCCUCCACCGUACCAGCUCAGACAGAAGGGACAUCUACUCUAUCUACAGGUAACCACAAAUGAGGGAGAGCAAUUCCAGAUCACAUCUCACGUAUCCGGCUUUUACGUGAACAAAUCCUCAACGGGCAAAUUUGAUCCAUCCCCAAAAUCUGCACCCAAAGCCCAUGCUGCGCACUCACUUUUAGCACUUCUUGGUGAUUUGUCUCCAUCAUUUGAGGACUCCUUUAAGAGUCUUCAGGAGUACAAUAAUACCAACGAACCUUUGGCUACAUUCCAAAUCACGAACGCAACCCCCGCGAACCCUUGGAUAGUGCCAUCAGCGUCUGCUCCUAUUGUUGCGCACCAAGCUGAUAUCACACGCACUCAAGAAAACUAUCUUAUUGCUGGUAUUGAGAACAGCGAAACUUUGCGAGACUGGAACGAAGAAUUUCAGUCUACUAGAGAGCUGCCAAAAGAAACUGUCCAGGAUCGUGUAUUCCGAGAACGAUUGACCUCAAAGCUGUUCGCCGAUUACAAUGAUGCUGCCGCUCGUGGCGCGAUCUUGGUUGCUAGAGGUGAAAUCGCCCCGCUCAACCCAACCGAAGGCAAAGAUGCUCAAAUAUUCGUCUACAAUAACGUUUUCUUUUCCUUUGGGGCUGAUGGAGUGGGUACCUUUGCCUCAGAGGGUGGCGAUGAAGCCGCUAGAGCAGCAGUGGGCAAGGAUGUUAUGGGAGUUCGCAUGGUCAACCAAUUGGAUAUUGACGGCCUCUUUACACCAGGAACCGUGGUCGUUGACUACCUUGGAAAGCGUAUUGUUGGACAAAGUAUUGUACCAGGUAUCUUUAAGCAACGUGACCCAGGUGAGAACCAAAUCGAUUAUGGUGCAGUAGAUGGCAAGGACAUUGUCGCAUCAGAUGAGAAGUUUGUGUCCGUUUUUGAAAAGCUUUCCAAGGCCUUGAAGGUCAAGAAGCAUGCCGUUUGGGACAAAGACGCUAAGCGCCAUGAUCUCGAAGGUAGUAUCGAAACCAAAGGUCUUUUGGGUACUGACGGCAGAAAGUACGUUCUUGAUUUGUAUAGGGUUACCCCAUUGGAUAUCACCUGGAUGGAGGAAGUUGGUACUGCACUUGACAGCCCCAAGGAGGCCGAUGCAGCAGGUGAAUCUGCAUACCCGCAUCGCAUGACCGUCAUCCGACCUGAACUGGUCGAAUCCUACUGGAAGGUCAAGAUGCGUGAAUGGGUAAACGGUGAAUUGGAACGCAAGCGCCAAGCUCAGAAAGCCGUCGAACCUACUGCCGAAGAAAAUGAGACGAAAGCUAUAGCUGAGGCAUCCGAGCCAGCUCAAAGCGAGCAACCAGCCGAGAACAGCGAAUCAGCCAACAACAGCGAAUUAGCCAGGAAGGACGAAGCGGACAAGGAUGUCGAAUCCAGCAAGCCUGCAGCUGAUCAGGAAAGAAUUGAUAUUGGUGAUUUCAAGUUUGCCUUGAAUCCAGAUACUUUCAGCGGUCAACAGCCACAAACCGAUGAGGAAAAAGCCGAAUUUGCUGAGGAUGAACAGCUGGUGCGAUUAGUCUGUGAAUACCAACGUAAAACAGUGUUACCUGAACUUGUGAGUGAUCUCAAGGAAGGUGACGUUGGAUUCCCUAUGGAUGGUCAGUCUUUGAGCAGACUACUUCAUAAACGUGGUAUCAAUAUCCGAUAUCUCGGUCAAGUUGCCACUCUUGCGGAUGGCAAAAGACUCGAAUCUUUACGCAUAUUAGCCGUCCAAGAGAUGGUGUCAAGAGCAUUCAAGCAUGUUGCUGGUAACUAUCUCCGUUAUCUUCCUAUCCCUUUGACAAGCUCAUGUAUUGCCCACCUCUUCAAUUGUUUGCUUGGUACAGAUUUGAACCCAGCUCCAAAACCAGAUGUGGAUGAUGCUAUGGCUUCGCUUUAUCCUGAAGCAGAUUUGAAAUUCAAAGAAGUUACCCCUGAAAGUCUCAAACAAGAGAUUGAAGCUCAGGUUUUACGUCGCUUCCGCUACACCCUCGACUCUACCUGGACCGCAGCUAUCAAGCAUUUACAACUACUCCGCGAAGUGUCCCUGAAGCUCGGUAUCCAAUUGGAGAUGAAAGACUACCAUUUCACGAAGCAGUCGCAGACUGAAGCAAGUGCUGCUCUACCAGCGACUAACGGUGAGGCCACAAAGGAUGCCGCCCCCAAUGGAAAGAGCACCAAUGGCAAGAAGAAGAAGAAGAAUGCCCGCGAAGGUUCCCCUGUAUCUAUUGUGUCAGUGAAUGCCUCGUCGCCUGUCACCUUCAACCCAGAUGACAUCCUCAAUACUGUCCCAGUCAUCAAAGAGGCUUCUCCACGAAGCUCGCUUGCCGAAGAAGCUUUGGAAGCUGGACGUAUUUCCCUCCUCCAGGACCAAAAGAAGCUAGGACAAGAAUUACUAUUAGAAUCUUUGUCAUUGCACGAACAAAUCUAUGGUAUUCUUCACCCUGAGGUGGCGAGAGUAUACAAUUCGUUGUCAAUGCUCUAUUACCAGCUCGAUGAGAAGGAGGCGGCAAUGGAACUUGCCCGCAAGGCUGUUAUUGUUUCCGAGAGAACCCUUGGUGUUGAUAAUGCUGAGACACUCUUGAACUAUCUCAAUCUCGGGCUUAUUGCACAUGCCAGUGGGGAAACAAAGUUGGCCUUGACUUACAUCAAGCACGCAUUGGACUUGUGGAAGGUUGUCUAUGGUCCAAACCAUCCCGACUCCAUCACAACAAUCAACAAUGCCGCAGUAAUGCUGCAACAUUUGAAGGAGUACCAUGAUUCUCGCACGUGGUUCGAGGCAUCUCUCAAAAUCUGCGAGGAGGUGUAUGGAAAGCAUUCUAUCAAUGCUGCGACGCUACUAUUUCAAUUGGCUCAGGCUUUAGCAUUGGAUCAAGACUCUAAGUCUGCUGUCAACCGUAUGCGCGAGUCGUACAAUAUCUUCCUUGCCGAAUUAGGUGCGGAAGACAAGAACACCAAGGAAGCCGAAAAAUGGCUUGAACAGCUCACCCAAAAUGCUGUAUCCAUUGCCAAACACGCAAAAGAUGUUCAAGCUCGAAGAAGCCGAGCCGGUAUUCGAGUCUCUCCUCGUGUCACUCUCGGACAGACUCAGCUCCAACCUCAGAUCGGACAAACCGCUGAGGCUGCCGCUGGUCGCGAGUCUCGCUCCUCUAGAGGACUUGAUUCUCGAAGCAUUGAUGAGCUUCUCAAAUUCAUCGAAGGAAGCGAUCAAGCCAGCAAAAACAAGAAACGACCUGGACAAAGCAAUCCAAAGAGGCGAGGUGGUGCCGCGGCUGCGGCUGGUAAAUAA